UGUAGCAGAAGACGAAGAAGAAAGAAGUCUUUGUAGCGCAACCGUCGGCAGCCAUCUUUGACACGUUCUAACCCAGAGCGAGCGUCGUGUUUGUGAGCUUUACGGCGUUUAGUGCUACUUUAUAUACGUAGUCGGUAGUAAGGAUCGAUGUCUCGAUUUCAUAAUAACCGCGGCGGCAUGGGAAUGAAUCAAUUCCAGCCUCGCAGAGGUGGUGGAGUCGGUGGUCCGAUGCGCGGUGGUUUUAUCCCCCAAAUGAGGAACCACCCUUUCCAAAACCACCACCAAAGAGGACAGAACAACAACAACAACUUCAAUAGGUCGUCCAACCAUGGACAGCAGGCGACUCAACAGAAGCCAGCUAUCAUCCCACCGCCGAGCCCUGGGCCUGCUCUCACCAUGCAAGGACCGACGGAGAAGCAGCAGACACCCACCAAGCAGGAGCCAGCGAAGCCGGCAACCCCUGCGAUCGAGCCCAACAAUCAGCGCAAGGAAGUAGCAUCGCCCCAGCUGAACCAGGCCAACAUCAACCAGCAGCUUAAGUCACCUAAUGCAAAUGCUAACAGACAGCAGCAAAAUCAAUUUGCGCUGACCAGUCCCAAGUCGGGGCCGCAGCAGGACCAGAAGGGAGCCCCGCAACAAAACCAGCAGGCCCAGAGGACAGGCCAACAACCAAAUCAGCAGCAACAGAAGCAGACCCCAGGCCAGCAACAAAUUCAACAGAAGCAGACCCCAGGCCAGCAACAAAUUCAACAGAAGCAGACCCCAGGCCAACAACAAACUCCACCGAAGCAGACUCCAGCCCAGCAACAAGUUCAACCAAAGCAGACCCCAGGUCAUCAACAAAUUCAAUCAAAGCCGACACCAGGCCAGCAACAAAUUCAACCGAAGCAGACCCCAGGCCAACAACAAAUUCCAGCGAAGCAGACCCCAGGCCAGCAACAAAUUCCAGCGAAGCAGACCCCAAGUCAGCAACAAAUUCCAGCGAAGCAGACCCCAAGUCAGCAACAAAUUCAACCGAAGCAGAGCCCAAGUCAGCAACAAAUUCCACCGAAGCAGACCCCAAGUCAGCAACAAAUCCCACCGAAGCAGAGCCCAAGUCAGCAACAGAUUCAACCGAGGCAGAGCCCAAGUCAGCAACAGAUUCAACCGAGACAGAGCCCAAGUCAGCAACAGAUUCAACCGAGGCAGAGCCCAAGUCAGCAACAAAUUCAACCGAAGCAGACCCCAGGUCAGCAACAAUUUCAACCGAACCAGACCCCAGGUCAGCAACAAAUUCAACCGAACCAGACCCCAGGCCAGCAACAAAUUCAACCGAACCAGACCCCAGGCCAGCAACAAAUUCAACAGAGCCAGACCCCAGGCCAGCAACAAAUUCUACAGAACCAGACCCCAGGCCAGCAACAAAACCAGAUGAGCCAGAGGCCGGGCCAGCAACAGAACCAGAGAAUGGAUCAACAGCAAAACCAGAGGGGAGGUCCACAACACGACCAGAGAAUGGAUCAACAGCAAAACCAGAGGGGAGGCCCACAACAGGACCAGAGGAUGGGUCAGCAGCAGAACCAGAGGGGAGGCCCACAACAGGACCAGAGAAUGGGUCAGCAACAAAACCAGAGGGGGGCCCCACACCAGGACCAGAGGAUGGAUCAGCAACAAAACCAGAGGGGGGCCCAACAACAGGACCAAAGGAUGGAUCAGCAACAAAACCAGAGGGGGGCCCAACAACAGGACCAAAGGAUGGGUCAGCAACAAAACCAGAGGGGAGGCCCGCAACAGGACCAGAGGAUGGGUCAGCAUCAAAACCAGAGGGGAGGCCCGCAACAGGACCAGAGGAUGGGCCAGUAUCAUAACCAGAGGGGAGGCCCGCAACAGGACCAGAGGAUGGGUCAGCAACAAAACCAGAGGAGAGGCCCUCAACAGGACCAGAGGAUGGGUCAGCAACAACACCAGAGGGGAGGCCCGCAACAGGACCAGAGAACCGGGCCUCAUAGCAGUCAAGACCAAGGAGAGGAGGCAGCGGGCAAAAGUUCGGAUGAAAGUCAAGCAAAGGAGUUUAAGGCGCCAUUGUCCAUGUUGCUAAAGCCUGGCGAGAAAACAUACACACAGCGAUGCCGUCUGUUCGUCGGCAAUCUUCCCAAUGACAUCACAGAGGAGCAUUUCAGGAAGCUUUUCGCCAAGUAUGGCGAGCCAAGUGAGGUCUUCAUUAACAAAGCCAAAGGCUUUGCUUUCAUUCGACUGGAGUCUCGUGCUUUGGCCGAGAUAGCAAAAGUGGAGCUUGAUGACACGCCAAUGAAAGGCAGAACCCUCCGUGUACGGUUUGCCACACACUCUGCGGCUCUUUCCAUCAAGAACCUGUCACCCUAUGUUUCCAACGAGCUCCUGGAGGAGGCUUUCUCACAGUUCGGGUUGGUGGAAAGGGCCAUUGUCAUUGUUGACGACCGCGGGCGCUCCACCGGCAAGGGCAUUGUGGAGUUUGCUUCCAAGCCUGCGGCCAGGAAGGCCCUGGAUCGAUGCAACGAGGGAGUCUUUCUGCUCACCACGUCACCAAGGCCCAUAGUUGUGGAGCCCCUUGAGCAGUAUGAUGAUGAAGAUGGACUUCCUGAGAAAUUGGCACAGAAGAACCUCAGAUAUCAAGCAGAGCGCGAAGAACCUCCUCGCUUUGCCCGGCCAGGCACCUUUGAGUUCGAGUACUCUAAGCGUUGGAAGUCCCUUGACGAGAUGGAGAAGCAACAGAGGCAGCAAGUGGAGAAAAACAUGCGCGAGGCUCGUGAGAAGCUCGAGAGUGAGAUGGAUGAUGCCUACCAUGAGCACCAGGCCAACAUGCUCCGCCAAGAUCUGCUCAGGCGACAGGAGGAGCUGCGGCGCAUGGAAGAGAUGCACAGUCAGGAGAUGCAGAAGAGGAAGGAGAUGCAGUUAAGACAAGAGGAAGAGCGUCGCAGGAGGGAGGAGGAGAUGCUACGCAAGCGAGAAGUGGAAGAACAGUUGCGGCGUCAGCGUGAGGAGAACUAUAGGAUGAACAACUUCAUGGACAGGGAGAGAGAGAUGAGAAUGACUUCUUCUGGUACAAUGGGCAUGGGAGAUAUGUCCUUUACCACCGUCACCCAGAACUUCUCAUUGAGUGGAAUGGGAUUUGAGGGGCAGCAGUCAUCUCCAGGAUCCAUGAUGAGCAACGAAAUGCGCACUGAGCGCUUCGGUCAGAGUGGUGCCAGAGGAAUGGCUUCGGGUAAUAACUCCAGUUACGGAAGGGUCCGCGAGGAAUUUGACAGUCCUGCUAAGAAAGCUCGUUUUUAAACGCUCUCCCUUUCUGCAGCGUUUGUAUAGUUUCUCCGAUAACAAGAUGACUCAAAAUUUCUUUGUAUUUAAGUUCAGAAUGUUCCAAGUUUUAUUCUGACAUUUGAUUUAGUCAGUAUACUCAUUUUUUAUUUUCUAUUGUCAGUAGAGUAGAAAUGUAGGUUGCCCUUAAGCUCUAGUAGACCCCUAUGUAAUUCUUUUUCUAGCUGUAUUGUGUUGUGAUUCGUCGUGGAGUGUUAAUUGUAACUUUUCUUCCGAAUAAUGGCUGUGUUUGAGCCAUGCACUUGGCGUCCACACAUAUAUUACAAUAAAGACGAAUGGGUUCAAUCUGGCCAAACCUUUUUUGACAUUUAUAUUGCGUUGUUCAAAAACAACCAAGCUCCGGCAUAGGGUUGUUUUUUUGUUCCUUUGGGUUUUUUUCACAAAUAAAAAUGUGGCAAAUGUGGUAGGUACAUGACAUUAGAUCUAAAAAGGGUCUGUACCCUGGGGAAUGGGCGUCCAUAUCCAUUUGUAAUACCUAACAAUCCACUCUUACUGAAAGAGCUCGUUCAUAUAGCUCAGGAAAUUGAGCGUAAAUUUGCCAUGUAAACAUUCUGUUAAUCUGUCCAGUUUUCCUAUAUUCCUGUUUUAUGUUGAGGAAAAAGUAAACUUUUGAGCUGGGCAUGCAGUGAUCACGUCAUUUGAUUGAUUUGAGUCAGUCUAAUGUUACACUGUCAUGACAGCCGCAGCUUGACUUUAAAAGUCUGUUAUGUAGAUGAUCAUGCUUCAAACGACUACAGAUUUUUAGGACCUUUUUAGCCAUUUGUGCUCUCUGAACGUUAAAGCUAAAAUAAAUGCUAACAACGUAAUGGGCUUCAAGCCUGGGUUAGGCUACAGGGUCACUUGCUCCUCCUUUUCCAAGCCCUCUUGCGGAGCUUGAUGUGCAACUCAAGGUCUGUUAUGUCGCAUCAACAGCAACGCGGACCUCAAAGCUAUGUUUGAUGGGCUUUUUUUCAUACACAAUUUCCAAUAUGUAGCCUUUCCUAUUUUUUUCCUCCUGCAAAAGCCACAUGUAUUUUAAACGUGACCGCUGUUCCAGCUCCAACAACGAUGUGGAUGUCUCUUCAGACACAAUUAUUCACUUUUGCUAUUCAGGAAGCUAAAUGGCUAGUCAGCGAGAGUUGUGGUUGCUCACGUUCACAGAAUCACCACUACAAAGCAUUAGGCGCCUCACCCGGUCAUCCCAGACAAAGAGCUAUAGAAGGAAAAAGACUGUGUUGGGAGCAGCGGUCUAGUGACUAAAGAGAAACCUAAUCCAGGCUUUAAUUUCGGCUGAAUACUUGUACUGCAUUUGGAAUAUCUAGUCUUACCAAAUUAAAAAUUUAAAUUGUUCCCAUGAACGCUGUAAAACAAGCACCAUCCAUCCAUGACCUGAAUUUGAACCUAAUUGGCAAUUGAUUUGUGUAUGCCCAGCUUUAUUGAUGUCGUUCAUUGUGUUCAAACCUCACACUUGGAACGGUUAUGUAAAGGAGAUAAUUAUUUAAGACCACAGCUGUUUACGUGAGUCCAAAAUGGAUGUUUCUCUGAAGCCAUUUUGAAUCCUUGGUAAUGAUUUUGAUGUUGGAUCUUAGAACUUAAAGACCGUAUUGCCAUACACACAGCCAAUCAAGACACACUCUUUGCUUAUUUGUUGCAAACACAAAAUUACUGUUUCCCUGUUAUUGGAAGCUUUGCUUUUUGACCAAGUCUCCAUGUACAGCACUCUUAUUACUUAUAAACCACAAACAUGUUUUUCAAGGAUCUUGAUAUUUCUGAUGUAUAUCACUGGUUUGCUGUAGGUAGACCAGAAGUUCUCCAGAGGGAAAAACAGUUUUAACAGGUUAAUGUUGCAGAGUUUGUCUGGAUUGCGCAAUAAGAAAAUGGCAGGACAGUAAAAGCAUAUUUUUUCUGCUUCUGAAUGUUUCAUUGUUUCAUUUGUGCUAUCAAUGUAUUUCUCCUUACUAGAGAUAGCAAAGUUUUAAGAUUCCUCUGCUGUGUUUAUACUAUGCCAUCUAUUUUUAAAUAGUCUUAAUUUUAGAGGUACAGAUAAUAUGAGGCUGAUUAUGACAUCAUAUUUGAGAAGUAAUGAUAAGCAGUAUUAUUAAAACGGUAUUACCUGUUUUAAAUUUAAUUUAUUGAAAAACCAUCAUUGGGACCUUUUUUUAUCAAAAGCUCAGGAACUUAAGGUUCCUGGAACAAUGAGUUCCUGGAAGUAAAUAUUCUUGUAGAAGUGUGGUUUGCGUUUCCACAACAUUUCACAGUUCAGGGUAGUUUAUACAAAUCAGGCUUAUGACGUAUGGAGGAGUGGUUUAGUAUAUUUCUACACUGAUGUCAUGUAAAUAAACAGACAAUAAUAAGUUAGUUAUUUUAUUAAAGGUAAGUAAAUGAAAUACAAAGCGAUAAUAUACAAAACGAUGUGAUUUAUAUAAAAUAAAAAACAGUACCGAAUUGUUCAUAAAAAAGUCAGGGCUUUUGUUUGUGGUGUCCAAGUUGUCCUCUCAGUAAAUUAUGAGUGUCAGGCGAUUCUUUUUGGUUCAUUUUAGCUGUAAACAUUUAGAUAAAUGUCAGUGUGCAUUUCACAUUCACGUUCACUUGAGUUGAGACAAAUAACUACACAAAUUGAGUGUCACUGACUAGUUUUACAAAGUAAACAGUUAAUAUUUGAUGUAAUUUACCUUCCUUCCACUUUUGUAUUGCCUACUUUUUCCUAUUUCUCCAACAAAGUUUCAGAGUAGUAAGCAGCUGAGGUCGUCGCUCCGAGUCCAGCUGAAUACUCCUCCGUAAAUACAUUUAAAGGAGUCUGUCCUCUUCUCGUAGAUUUGCGCAUCAAAAUGAAAUUUGUAAAAAAUAAUUAAACUGCAUAGAGUUUAAAGACUAUGGCUGAGUAAAAACACUGCAAGAUUGUUCCACUGAUCAGCGUUCUUCAGCACAAAGGUGCCCCACAAAACUUGCUGCAAGUCAAAAGUUCACGUCGUUCUUCUUUCUCUCCAUUGUCAAGUUUGUUGUAGUAGAAAUAGACAAUAAAUGGGAAAUAAACAAGUUGUCGAGCAUUCUGUAAUGCUGGCAAAAAAUACAUUUUGGGAACACCCCCAAUUGUGUUUAACCAAUCAGCGUUCGACAGCACAGCCCGGCCCCGAUGAGGUUCCAAGAACCUUCCAAAAGUCCCACCAAGCUGGCAGGAACUUAAAAAAAAAAAAAAAGUUCCUAAAUAACUAAAUCUACCUGGGUAGUUUUUGGUGGAAACACAGGGGGAACUUUAUUUACCUGGGUAAAUAGUAAAGUUCCUGUAAGAGUCUGCGGUGGAAAAGGGCCUAUUGUCAACUGCACUUUGAUAAAUUCACAGACUGGGUGGAGCCAUCUUGCUAGUUUGAAUGCUAAUGUGAGAACAAAAUAAAGUAAUAUCUUUACCCAUUAAGAAACAUACCCCAAUCUAAACUAAUAUAAACACAUUGCUGUUGAAACAGUUAAUGUCUUCAAUUGUGCACAUUGAACCUACAAGCUGUGCCCUCAACACUGUGUGCUUGAGCAAUACAAGACAGAUUAUUUUACGGUGCGUUCAAGGACUGCCGAAAAGAGAAGGGAGCCACAAUGUCUGCCAGAAAUAAUAAAUUAUACAUUUUAGUUGUUGCGCUUAUUUCAUUUAACUAAUCUUAAUGUGCUAAAGUACAAACCAAUAUUUAAAACAAAUGCUUAGCCAUUAAAACAGAUACAAUGCUAAUACUAAAAAAAAACUAAUGUGCAACAUUAAAAAAAUACAAUACAUGCAAAAUAGUGGCUUAUUCUAAAAGUUUGUAUUUGUUUUAGUAAUUAAAAAAAAACGUGUUCAAAAUAUUUCAAUGUGUGCAAAAGCACUGUUUGAGCAUAUUCAACACUAUUUUAAUAACUGAUCAUUUUGGUCACAUUCAAUUUUCAUAUUGUUACAUUCCUACAUCAUACCAAAAAUACGAUACCAAAAAAAGCCCAGCUAAAGAAAAAAAAACUUUGAUGAGACAAGAUUACCUGUAUUGAACUGUAGGUGGGUUAGGGUGAGCAAAUCAAACACUUCUUUUCUCCUACCUCAGGUAUGUGAACUUGGCGAACUGCAGUAGACUUCUCUUGAGCUCACUUUAACCAAACAGGGUGUGAAUCGUGUGGGGCUUCUUCAAUUUUUCAGUGGAAGACAUUUUUUAUGCCAUUUGCACCAAAUGUUCUGCACACAUUCAGCAAGGAGGGGGACACCCUCAGAUUUCCACAUCAAACCUUAUCAACCACCAACAGUGAUUGGAGGCCAACAAAGAUGCCUGUUCUGUUAAAGAUGCAACCCCAGAGCCAGGCACAAAGAAGUGUUCAUAAACUACAGUUAAAGCUAAAAAUAAUAGCUAUUAAGUUACUGGGUACCAGUAUUAGUAUCGGCUUGAAAAAAAAUAGCUUCGGUAUUUUUUGAUACCAGUCACUAGUUGGCUGUAGGGAGGCGAAAAGAUCUCCAAAGGAAUAAUUAAUCCAAACAUAUUGACGUUGCCAAGUUAGGUCCUUGUUGCUUGAUAAGAAAAUUCCCGGACUGUGAAAGCAUAUUUAUUUUCUUCUGCUUCUGAAUGCUUAAUUUGUUCUACCAACACAUUUAUUCUGACUUGGAUAGCAAAUUUGUAAGAUUCUUCUGCUGUCCAUAUUAGACUAUUCAUGGUCUAGUCAUGAAUAUUCUUAGUAUAUUGGUAAAAGACAACCUGCGUGCUGUCAAAUAACAGCUAUGUAUGUCUUAUAAAAACACUUGGCAUUGUCUUUCUAAUUUGUUAGGUGAUGUAUUACAGGUAUCGAUUUUUUAAACAUUUUUUUUUAGUCUCCAGUUUUGAAAUAUGCACCAAACAUUGGAGUAAACCGGUUAAUAUUUUUUAAAUUAAACUGUAAACUUGAAAUCAAGACCAGCAAAUGUCUUAAUUUUUUUAGUAAAAUAGUUGUCUAGGCUGUCCCCUGAAAUGUUACUACUUGUGUGUUCUCUACAUUCUUUCCAAACAGGUUUGACCGACUAUAAAGGUGUUGGACUGUGGCGGAAGUAGUUUUUUAGUGUUGAUUCAUCAAUACUUAUUUGCAAACGCUAUUUAAACAUCAGCAAGAUGUCAUGUUAGUUUGUGAGACGCUGCAUUUGGCUAUGGAGUCUGUGUAGCACCAAUGGAAGGUUGGUAGGUAACGACCGCACGAACAACUUGCAUGACAAAUAUGUGUACAUUGUUGUUGAAUACUCAAAUUUAAAUAUUUUUGGUAAAAAGCUUUGAUAGAAUUGGGACUACCUGCAUGCCCACACUCUUAGAACAUUUAAAAGCUGCCUCGUUAAAAGCUUUACUUUUACUUUGAUAGUGUAAACUUUUUUAGAACAAGUGAUGAGGAAUAAUUGAAUUUUGUCCAUUUUGAUUGAUCAGCCUUGUGUGGUAACUUUAAUUCCACAGUAGCAAAUCUCUACUGGCUAAACACAAGUGCUAAAUGUCAAACGCCUAUAUGUUUUAGUCCAGUUUUACGUUGAAGCAAGAUCACUAUUCACGUAGUCUGCCUUCUAAGACUGUCUGUGGAGUUUGAAUUGAACCUGAAAGGAACGUCAAGACUUCGACAUAGUUCUUAAUUACUUGCAGUGCUAGUAGAUAAUUAAAAUGUGUUUAAAGUACAGUUGAACUGGUUUGUGUCAACUUGUUGGUCAACCGACUUGAAGUAUCCGCUUAAACGAUGUCAAUGUGCAUGGUCGACUGCUUUUGUUAAAGUUUGACACCAAAAGGGUUAAUUUCUAUUAUAAAUUAGUCUAUAUAUGUUGAUGUGUUGUAGUAUAAACUUUCUCAUUGCUACGCUGCAUGAGAAAAAUGCAACACAAUUGUCAAAAGUUAUGCCGCAUUUAAACCUGCACACAGGGACACCCUGUCAAAAUAAAACAAUGUGAACUAUAGACCGCGCCAGUCCCAAUUUCCUAAUUGUAGAAUCCUUUAAAAAAAUCUAGAAUCCAGAUGGUGAUCCGGAUCACCCCCAAAAUCUAAGACUUGUUUCUUAACCCAUUUUCUAUAAGUGUCAUUAAAAUCCACCCAUAACUUUUUAAGCUAUGUUGAUAACCGACAAACUACUUUAGUUUAAAAUUCUAUUGUAAGCCAUUUACCUCAUGUCUCCGACCAAAGUUGGAAGUAAAUGCGUAAGCAGUGGCUGUUUUCGGUUUUGUAAUGUCGACAAUCACCUUUGUGAGUCAGCCAGUCUGCUGAACAUCGACUUUUAACGGGUCCCACUGUAGGCAGGCAAUGUACUUUGCCCUAUUCUUAUUUAGUAACAUUUGGUACGCUAUGACAUACUAUAGUUCUUUAAUCUACAUUACUUUUUGUAAAAUAAAUCCAAUGACCGUUUUUAUUGAAUAGCCUUUGACCCAAGUGUACGCUUAAAAAGCUGAAUGUUGUCUGUGGUGUGCAAUUUGUUUUCUUUAACAGGUUUGUCCAUCAUUAAAGGUGACAAGGAACAUUCCAAACCAAGAACUUAGGUCUGUGGUAACCUUGGAUCAGUAGUUUGUGUUUAGCACUUGUUGGAGUGGUUUGGAUGAUGAAAAGGUAUGACGACCUCAUUUUCUCAUGUGAAAGAUGUGAUGUGGUUGCUUUGAAGCCAAGCCUGUAGUUCGGAUGAUGGAUGAUGUGAAACGGUUCUUUUUUUCCCUAAUCUGUAGCAGUACCAAUAAUUUUAACAAUAUGUAGAUUUAAAUCAAUAUACAGUGAAAACUGACAGAUGAUGGCCAACCUUUUGAAGUACCAGUAGAGUGGAAAACAUGUUGACUUUAUAUGCUUAAUUGUUUCAUUGUAUCCAUUAAAGCAUAUCCAAUUGAUUUUAACAAUCUGCAAAGUAUGUGAAAACACCAUUUAAACAUCACAAAAUGCCAUAAAUUUAGUCAGCCAUUUUGAAUAUUCCGCUCUGAAUAUCUUCUCUAUUUUCGGAGAUUGACGUCACAAUAGUAAUGCUUCUGCACUCGGACCAUGUUAUCAGAUCAGUCAUACUGGAAAUAUACAAAAAUUAGAAAGAGGUGUUCUAUCACUCACGGUCCCUAUAUAAGACAUGAACACACGUUUGGUUUUUUAAUGCAUUCUAUGUCCUAAAUAAAUACAUAAAGUCCGCUAACAAUAGUCUUAUGUGGUCUCUGUUUUGCCCACAAAACUAAUCAUUCAAAACCUGCAAACACUUAUUUACAUCUCGUGACCUGAAUAAUUAACCAAAUAUUAGUAAUGUUACUGUAAGCGCCAACGCAGACAAAGUAUUUUUAGUAUUGUUAACCGAGCGCUAACUAUAGUUUAUGCUGCACUGGACUCGAGAGACUUAAAUGUAAUUAUAAAAUAAAACUGAAUAUGGCAGGAAUGCAACAUAUAUGGAUGUGAACUGCCCUAAAACUAAUAAAAAAGCUCAUGCAACAUUGAGCCGUUCUCAUCCGGAUAAUAAGAGGAUUUACCCAUGAAUCUAGAAGUUGUUCAUCUGUGACAUUCUGUUUAUACCCGGUGUCGGAAGACAAACAUACCAUAACAGAAGACCGUCAGAAGCAAUUUUUUUAACCCUUCGUCGUGUGGAUUACAAUUAUUCAUCCCAACAUGAAGAUAUGGACACCCUUGACAUUCAGUUUAUACCCAGUUUUGGAGACAAACAUACUAUAACAGAAGAGAUUGUCCGUAGCAACUUUUUUAACCCUUCGUCGUGUGGAUUAAGAUUAAUUAUUGAUCCAAACGGGAAGAUAUGGAUGUCCUAUCAGUCAUGUGAGAGCAGACAUCGUACAAUAAGCGAUCGUUUUUAUUAUGUUUGUAGUUUGUAUUUCUUGUUCAGCACAUUGCAAUACUGUUGCAUGAUGCUAAGUGUUUCACUAAAGCUGAAUCUGUUCAGCAGAGCUUCUAAAACUUUUUAUAUUCAGGAUAAAAAAUAUAUGCUUCUGGGCCAUCAUUUUUUCACAUAGUAGUUUGUAUUGGCUACCACAAAGUCUAUGAUUUGCAUUGUUGGUAGGGAAAGGCUCUGCGGUUGCUAUGUCUGUCACGCGAUCACGUGACUGGUUAGCUCACUAUCUCUCAAAAUGGCUCAGGAAUCUGAAAUUGAUACUAUUUAGAGUAUAUUUAUUCACCCGCAAACUUGGGUCUUUUGGUGUCAUACAUCACACAUAUAUGCUAAUUGCUUCAAUAUAGAGGCAAAUUGUUUUUCCACUCAACUGUUAACUUUAAUUCUCGACUUUUCAGGGUAUUAGAUUUGAUUGCGACUGAAUCGUUCAGACUGUAUUUGAAGUAGGGAUACAUACCAAGUACAUUGUUUUUUUUUUUUGUAUUGUAGUUGGGUCAGUACAGGAGAAAAUAUCUAUUAAGAUUAUGGACAAAUGAUACAAUUAUCAGCACACUAUCAGUUCUGACACCACUGGCGACAGAGCACCAUUCACUUAAGGUGCCGCACUAAACAUAAUCAGUUACUCGAGUAGACGCUGAUAAAUAAUUUGGUAAAAAUAAACCAAAAUAAAGAGUCACAUUACCAGUUUAAUUUAAUACACAAAUUAGUCCAGAUCAAUAAAUAUUCCCAACGCACAGGGCACCAAAAAUAAGUUUGUAAUACAAUAUUCCCUCCCCAAAGUCACACAAGGCAUUACUAAAGAGUUCAAUUUCAGUUUGAAGUGAAAGCCGCUGCUUAGCAUAGCACACCUUGCUUAAAUAUAUUGUAUAGUGAAAUAUAUAUCAUGUAAAGUCACGCCCUGUGCACAUGAAUGCCAUACAUAAAUAUUAUUCCCAGCUGAAUGUACUUGUGCAUUGCCGAAUCAUCUACUCUGUAAUGGAUCAGUGCGGCCAUUACAAGGUGACAUAGCAACUGCUUUGCACAUUGCACUGCAAACCUAGUUGACUUGUUAAAGGCAGGUUGAGAUAAGACUUCCCUGCUGUGAGAUGUUACAUGAUGAUGCUCUUGUGGUAAUUAACAAUUAUUUGUACAUCUUUUCACAUUUUUAUUUACACCACAUUACAUUUAGUGCUGAUAAAUAUCAGUAUCAAUAACAUUUUACCAAUACACAUCCCUACUUUAAAGCCUAUUUUGAGCAGGCUUCAUCAGUUCAUGGUAUUGUAUUCAUCCUCGAGCAGGGGGCAACAAGAACAAUUUGGCUCUAUUGUGGUGGAAGAAGAUACCAAGGAGAGACCUGCCAGCACAACAGUAGUUAGUAUCGAAGCACCCUCGUUAGCAUUGCUGUAUUGUAGCGCAAAACGACAGCUGUCAAGAGGCAAACCGCUUCUAAAACAAUCUCAACAGUCCAGUUGCAAUCGAUUCAAUGCCCUGAUAAUACAGUGACCUGGAUGAAUGAAAAUAUUCACAGGCAUGACUAACUCAGGCUGGAUAAAACCAUUUUGUCAUUAACUAAAGAUAAUAUCAAAUCAAUCCUUCAGUAAAAGUGUAUACAAUCUGUGUAUGUGUUAAGAAAAAACAUUCAGCAGUAUUUACUUGAUGUAACCUCUUGUCUUAACUCUUUGUGAGGCUGCUGUUCAUUGAAGUAAGUCAUCCAGAAAAAGCAAGUUAUUUGAUCCACUGAAUUGAAGUAUUACAUUAUUUGCGGAUGUCUUGCAUAUGAAGUCCUGAAACUUUCUCAUAUUUUACCCGAAAUGUUUUGCUUGAAUUCUAAUUUGUACAACCUCUAGGUUAUUCCACUUUUGACGUUCUUGAAUACAUGAGAAAACAAUGUUUGCGACAUGCACAUUUAUGAAAUAUAUCCUGCGUUUGUCAUCCGUUCUGACUAGACAUCUAUUUCAAUGCCAAAUUAAUGGUUGUGAAUAAUUUAGACAUUGUGGUAGACUUGCAGGUUACUGCCGAGUUAUUUUAUUGUUGAUCUUCACACAGACUUCAGUUCAUAACGUAGUUUGACCAUAGAUUUGGGAAGGAUUCAAAUUGUCCUUGUAAAUGUAAUGUAACAAAUAUGUUCUAAGGAUUCCAGAUCUACUUUUUUUUUUUUCUUAGAUUUCAUCAUUUUACACACAAGUCCAAAAAGAAGGUAUACAGAUAAUAUAGUUAGUAGUUUAGAAAAAAAUGUUGAAACAAAAUCUUGACCUGUAUGGCUGCUAACAGUAUGCCUCAUUAGUCCCCAAAGAAUGACAAUCUUAGAAAUAUGACCACCAAAUUUAGCUUCCGACACUUCUCGUCGGGCAUUUAAAAGCCAAACUGUAAGUCCUCCUUACAACUUACAAUGCCAACAUUGCUUCAGGACCUGCAAGAUUGCACAAUGUUGCAGUAAUGCCGUUCAACAAAAAUUCUACCAAUUCACACAAAUUAUGUGCAGUUUUUCAACUUUGUUUAAUCUUCGCAAUUUUACGGCACAUUUUGGGCAAUCGUCAUUUUACACCCAUUGAAUUUGUCUAUGAGCAGUGCUCACCUUCACGUCAACUGCUAAACAACCAAAUGUGUUAACAUUAAACAGAUGGCGACUUGUUUUAAUGAUCCAGUGUUUCCCAUACAUUCGUUUACUUUUGUCGAAUGGCGAGCCGCCACAGGUAUAUUUUGCCAUCCUCCCUCAUUCAUUUUAUUGGACUGCGAAUGUAGCUUGUAGUUACAGCGCCGUACACUAGGUGUCAGUGUGCAUGAUAACCCUGCGGCGGCUCAGACGCCCCUGUUCUCCCACAGAAAAAGACAUGAGGAAAAAGGAAUCUUGGAAGAAAAAGUGACGGCGCAGUAAAAUAUCUCGAGACAUUUGCUGAAUUUGUUAAAUACGUUGAUACAUUUUGAGAUCCUUGGGCUCGACUGGUGUUCAUGUUCGUCCAAAAUAGGAAACAACUAUCGGCGACAGUGGGGCGGGUCAUCGUGCUUGGACUAAGACCGGCUGAAAAGUACUGUUUAAUGGCUUGACCUUUGUUCAGCCAAGGCAACUUUAACUCCAGCCUACAAAUCCGCCACCAGCCACCGAGAGGCAUCUAUUUGGGCAACAACACCUGUAGCUACAGCCCGUAAGUAAAAAUCAAUAUAUUGGUUUAUUUUGUUAAAUGUUUUUAAAACAUUAGAUGUCAUGCGUUUUUUAAAACCUGAACCAAAGUGUAUAUCCACAAACAUUUUACAUUUUGCAAGUAUGCAAAUGACAUGAUUACAUCAUAUAUAAUCAUGCCUAUGUGCAAAUUAGGAAAUGUCAUACGCAUUGCUCUGCCCCUUUGACAACCACAAGUCUAAUUCCUUUUGGAAACGGGUGAUCUUUUGCCGAUUUUGCCAUCAUUUAGCAACAAAGAUUACCACUGUAGACUGCGGUCAACAAUUCAUGUCUUUCAGUAAAACCGUGUGCAAACUGCAUGCAAUGUGUUGUAGCAUUAACAUAAGUUUACAAUCAACAGGCUCUUAACUGUAUGACAUGCACAUAGAAUGUCUGUAACUUGCGGACAACAGAGCAUACAAUAAAUUUGUCGCUGUCGUAUGGUCUGAAGGGGUUCGAUCAGAUGCCAAGGCAAGCCUUCGUUAAACCCGGGCAACCGCAACACUUCUAGUCCGUGCGACAACAUUCGAGCAACAGCAGCGUAACAUUCUGUAGCCAGUAAAGCCACACGUUCUAAAUAAAAGCUCUUCAUUAAAGUUAGUGUUGAACCACAGUCAUGAAUUUAAAUGUUGGCAAUAUAGAACAUGUAACUGGGCCCAAAUGUAAGGCCAGGAGAUGCGUUGUGUGAUACUGUAAUGGACACAGACAUUUGCUUGUUUUGCUUUUGGCCGAAAACUGUGCCUGCUUUACCAGCUUGCUAACUAAGAUGGGUAUACCUCCUGGUGGGAAAAUGAAGAUACUCCCAACAUAAAUAUUUAUUAAAUAAAAUAUAAAGGCCCUUAAGUACAAAUCAAUUACUUAAAGGGGCUGUUUGUACUUUGCUCACAGUUACAGUAACACCACCAGCUAGCUUAUAAAGUGUCUAUUUUUCUGAUUUACUAAUUGAAUAAAGGUUGCUCGUAGCAGGCCCAGAGAAGCAACUAACAAUUUGUUGUGUUACGGUGGACUAUACAUUUAAUGAUAGCUAGUGUUAGCUUGCCAAAUUGCUAUCCUUAGCUGAUAACAGACAAAGCUAAUGCGAAAGAAUGUGUUGCACACAGUCAUAGUUACAUCAUUACAUGCCUGAAGUCGUAAGAGGGUGGUGGGUUAAACGCCUUCAAAAGGUGUAUGCGUAAGGUUUGCAAACAUCCCGCCUAAUGUGACCGCACUAAUGUGUAUCACACUUGAAACAUUGCUGAAAAAGUCGGAAGAGACUGCAUAUAUUUCGAAAAGGACUAAUUAUUGGUGGACGUCUUGUAACGUCCUGGAGAGUUUAACUCACGAUGAAGAACUUGUAUUCUCUUUUUUCGGACCAAACACAUGGUCCCCCUGUUGAACGAGCCCCGGAAUGCCUAUCCACCCUUAGCUGGGACCAAGCGCGGCCUGUUGUGUGUAUGUGUGUGUCAUGUCUUUGGCAAAGAGAGCUGCGUUAGCUGCAGUCAGCCAGCUAGCUUGUCAGAGACAGGCUGCCCCAGUCCAAGUCCCUGCAUUGGCUUACAUUGACCAUGAGUAGUUCUGCAGCAGUCAGUGGACAGUAAAGCACUGCAGCCAGAGGUAUGCUUACACGGAUCCCGUAAGGUAAGUGUUCAUCCAUGUUUAUCUUAUCAAGAUGCACAGUUCUCCCAUGACUUAACUUCUUUCUCUGUCCUCACUCAUGUCACGUCGCCCCCGAACGGUGACUCUUUUGAAGGGCUUCUGGCAUCACACUUGUCAAGAAUGGCAUCACAGUGCAGAUCCUCUUCACUCCUUGUGUGUAUACAUGACCAAGCUUUGUAGACUCUGCAGUGUGAGUGUGUGCGUGGAUGUAGUACUUUGCAUAUAUCUGCCUCACGGUGACAACGUAUGGGCGGCUGAGUCGCUGGUCAGCUUACUCGACCAGACGUAACAAACUCCUUUGUGACUCAACCAUUGUCUUUUUGUGUAUAAAGUGCUUACUCAUAGUACAAUCAUCUUCAGUAACAAUACUCUCAACUUGGUGUCUGCGAGUACUCCUUCACUUCCCGGUGCUUAUAAUACAGAAAUAAGCAGGGCGUCUUUAAAUAACCAAAGGUCCUGUCGCAGUGUUCAUGUAAGUUCAGACGAGGAACCAGAAGACUAGAACCGUGCUGCUGAGCUCUGUUUCCGCCAAGCAAGGCCGUUGGUUAAUAUACGCAAUUAUUUGCUUCUGUCAGAACGAGAAGUAUAAAGAUAACCUGCCUAUCUGUGGCACUCUAAACACACUUUUUCGUUGGCGUAUUAUCUGCAUUCUGCAAUAAUAAAGCAGAGUAGAAGCCUUUUUGUUGCUUACUAGCAGCCCACUUUGCUGAAUUUAUUGGUCACUUACAUCACUGUGCUAUGAUUUUAAAAUCUCAUUAGGUUUUAGCUAGGGAUGUCCGAUAAUGGCUUUUUGCCGAUAUCCGAUAUUGUCCAACUCUUAAUUACCGAUACCGAUAUGAACCGAAACCGAUAUAUACAGUCGUGGAAUUAACACAUAAUUAUGCCUAAUUUGGGUAACCAGGUAUGGUGAAGAUAAGGUCCUUUUUUAAAAAAUUAAUAAAAUAAAAUAAAUAAGUUAAACUUUUUCUUGAAUAAAAAAGAAAGUAAAACAAUAUAAAAACAGUUACAUAGAAACUAGUAAUUAAUGAAAAUGAGUAAAAUGAACUGUUAAAGGUUAGUACUGUUAGUGGACCAGCAGCACGCACAAUCAUGUGUGCUUACGGACUGUAUCCCUGCAGACUAUUGAUAUAUAUUGAUAUAUAAUGUAGGAACCAGAAUAUUAAUACCAGAAUUAAACAACCCUUUUGUGUGAAUGAGUGUAAAUGGAAGAGGGAGGUUUUUUGGGUUGGUGCACUAAUUGUAAGUGUAUCUUGUGUUUUUUAUGGUGAUUUAAUUAAAAUUAAAAAAACGAUACCGAUAAUUUCCGAUAUUACAUUUUAAAGCAUUUAUCGGCCGAUAUCGGCAGGCCGAUAUCGGACAUCACAUUGUUUUAGCUUUCAAAUCGACUGGACUGCUUCGCGGAAACAAAGCUACACCUGCACCCUAUAUGUGGUAUUUUUUUGUUCUUAAUACCUUCUAUCAUCUGAUUUUUCUCCUGCACCCACAACAUGACUAGAUCGGUUUGGGUCUGGGUCCUGUUGUAGUCUACUAUAAUCAUUGUCUUCACGUCCUGUACAGCUCUUGGUGGGAUUGAAGAAAUUACUAAAAUACAGUAGUACCUCAACUUACAAACUCCAUUGGUAGGACCGAGCUCGUAAUUCAAAACAUUUGUAUCUUAAUCUUAAAAUUUUUAUUUGAACGUGCUUGGCACUGGUGUCUCCAAACACCUGAAUUUGUACAUGUAAUAAGCAUUUUAAAAAGAAAAACAGACAGUAAUUUAAUGAAGUAAUGUAAUAAUACACAGCAUUUACCUUGGCCAUGAUUCAUGGAGAAGUAAGUUUCAUGUUGGUUGUUGGAUAUUCGCCUCUAGUUACAGCGGCAGUUUGCCUUCAUGGACUGCUUCUGUCGCUAAAACACAAAUCAGUAUCUUCUCCGCCUUUUGGAUAUUAUCAGCUGGCGCUGCACCUGGCUGCUGCUUAGGUUGGUGCCGACUGCAUAGCGGUGCUGUGGUCGAUCAGGGUUUUUGUUUCUUUGGUUCGGUGAGUGUUGCAGGGUUUGCUUUGGCAUUUUCUUCUUCAUGGUGGGCGCAUGCAACUUAAUCGUAACUCAAAUGAAUGCUCGCAACUUUAAGCAUAACAAAAAGCAAGGAUACAGCUCGUAUCUCAAAAUACUUGUAAAUUGAGGUACUUGUAAGUUGAGGUACAACGCGUGAAACAAAUGUCUACCACAGAAGCACUUCUGUGUUGGGUUUGGAUGGCUCUAUCUGCAUCUAUUUAAUUGAAACUCAUUAAUAACUUAUGGCAGGGACAUAUGUCACAUUUUGCUUUUGUUUUGCCUAAUUCCAGGCAUAAAAUAGUUCUUCACUGUACCAGCGCCUUGACACAUACAUUUUUUUCCAUUGAGAACUGAGUGAGCAUUUAAACAACCGUCAUGAUUGUGCAGCACAAACACAUUUGUACUUGAUUUUGUAGAUUUUUGGGUGAGUUAAGGGACAAAGUGCUGCACUGGUGCACGACUGCACAACCUGAAGCUGUUUGUGUUGUGUUUCCAUCUGGUUGUUUGGUUGUUGGGCAGUGUCCCAAUGACUCGUGUGUUCUGUUGUGUGGCCCCUGAAGGACCACGCUGCUCAGCAAUUGGAGCCCUUGAGGCAUUCCAUAUCAGUCAGUCUGCACUGUGAUCCAUUCCACUUCCUUUCUCAGCCCUCUUUGGUCGGACUACUUUUUUUUUUCUUUUUUUUUUUUUUGCCGUGUCCUAUGACAACAUGAGUGUGAUGCCAGAACCACCCUUGCGGCCGCCAGUGGCCCUUCUCUAAAACGUCUGCAAGAGCGACGUUGGGGGGGAAGCCUGGUCUUCCCUUACUCCUCCAAACAUGGAAAAUGCUCCAGUUGUGUUUGCAGUUUCACAAGUUACUGUUAACAGUAGUACUUUCCUGAGAAGCAGAAGUACUUUCCUGAGAAGCAGGGAGUUCUAUGAAUGUUAUUAGUCAGGAAUUUGUCUUUGCAACUUGACAACAAAUGCACACCUUGUCUGCAGCUCUUCCACUCCAUGGUACACUUUUUGUACUUCACACUUCGCCCAGGUCACACUGCACCACUUCACUCUUUUUGGAACGCAAAUCACCCGCGUCAUGUUUUUUUCUUCCCCGCUGGUUUUAUGUACGUGCACUUUUGAAGCACAUUUUGUAGUCUCCUUCCCACGCGAGGCAUUAGGUUAAACCAACAUUCCAGCCAAAUUGUCGCCGCGGCGAUCCGAUAAUUCUGAAAGUGGUGUAGUGUGACGGUCUGACAUGAACGACAUUAACAGUUACUCUUUCGUAAUGCAUGUUCAUAUCAUAACCUUUUUUUUUUUUAACACACACAGACACAUACAAGCCACACAAACACACAUCAUUUUAAACCCAUAGAGGGGUGUCACUAUCAGGCUCUCACUGCGUGUCUCUUGCCACAGGAGCGUCCACCAGCUGAAGGAGGGUGACCGUCCUCGCUGCUCAGUUGCAUGAACGUGACCCUAAAACUGAUGGUGCAACAACAAUGGUGAUGCCCCGGAGGCCCUCCAUGUUUGUUUCCCGUGACAUGGAUGUCAAAUCGGACUGUGGUGCUUGCCAUGAUGCUGAAGAAGCACACCGGAGGAUGAGCAGCUGUCUUACAGAUGAUGGAUUGAUGCUCUGAAAUGCCCAAAUAAAAAAUGUAAACCUCC